GACGUGUGCCAGGUACAGGGAGCCCAGGUGAGUGCGGGGCGGAGCUGGGCAGUACCUUGCCCCUGGACAGAGGGAGGCAGUGCCAGGGAAGGGCAGGGGGGCGCGAUGGCGCUGCUGCACGCUGCCCUGGGGCGCUGUGCCUGCGCUUUCUGGCUGGCGGUGGCUUUUGACGCGGUGGGGCUGACGGUGUUGCUCAUCGGCGUCUUCGCCAACAUCUUCUUCUACGACUUCCUGAUCUACGCCGGCUCCAUCGUCAUCUUCCUGAGCUUGGUCUGGUGGAUUUUCUGGUACACGGGCAACAUCGAGGUGCCCGAGCAGCAGCUGGAGGACGACGUGGGCCUGAAGGACAGGAUAGGCUUCCUGCACCGCUGGUCCAGCCGCAUCUCCAGCAGCUUCCGCAGGAUCUCCCGCAGGUCCAUGUCCAGCAGGCACCAAACCUCCAAGACCACCGAGGUGAAGACCCUGUCCCACGCAGUGAGCGCCGAGGUCAUUUCUGAGCAGACUGAGAGUACGGUGGACACAGCCAACACCCCUCUCUAAAGCGGAAUCCGUUACUAGCCUCAAAAGGAUCGGUAGCGAAGUCUGAAUGCUGACUGUUGGGAUUACAUUUAAAAUUAUUUCAACAUCUUUACAAGAGAAAAAAAAUCAACAAUUUUGGCCAGAGUCAAGAGCAUUAAAGCCAGUUGAUCAAUGUGUGUUUAUACACUCUUAAUUAUGAAUUAUUCCACUGGACUGGAUUGAUUAUUUUAAUUGCAUUUAGACAAUUAUAUACCACUUAAUUCUAUUUAUUGAUUCGCUCUAGCGAAUUAGAUAAAAUUAUUUUGCACAUCAGAAUGUAAUAAACUUUUUUAUAACAAUGAUACUGUAAAUAAUCACAUUUUCUG